CACACACACGCACCAGGAUCCUGGCGUUAACUGAGACGCUGCGGCGAGGGACUAUGCUAUCCCGGUGUUUUCUGCCUUCGCCAAUCAUUUCAGCGUAAAGGAGACACGAUCUGGACUUGAUGUGGCGCUUCGCUGGGGCUACCGUUGCAGCAGUCUGUGCAUAUAGGAUGCAUCCUCCCCUGGCUUUUGAUGCUGUGCAGAUCCACCCUCCUCUCCUCAGAGUGAUGAACUAAUAGGCAAUGCUUUUUUCCUCGGAAAUCCACCGUGGUUUACUGUUUUCACGUUAGUUGUGUUUGUUUACUGGCGACCCGUCUCCUCCCGGUGCGACACAUGCAAUUUCUAGAGUAUUUUUUCUAUUCUUGUAGACUAGUUGAGGAGAAAUUCUUUAUAAAUCUAAACACGAGACACCGCUGUUACCAAGUCUGACUGACACCGACUCUUUUUUGUCACGCGAAUGAAAGCGCACAGGACUUGGAUAUUUAUUUUUUUAUGAUCCAACUGGUAGCCUUGUUCAGGAGAACUGAUCCAAUUGUGUUAUUAUUAUGCAACCGCAAGGAUCUCAUCUAUAGCUGGGUGUUUAAGCCGCUGGAUUGCUCUUCGCCCAAAUCAAUGUGGUUUCUUUGGAACAUUUUCAGCAAAGGAACGCAUAUGCUGCAGUGUCUUUGUGGCAAGAGUCUCAAGAAAAACAAGAAUCCAAGUGAUCCCCAGCUCAAGGGUAUAGUGACCAGGUUAUAUUGCAGGCAGGGAUACUACUUGCAAAUGAACCCUGAUGGCUCUCUUGAUGGGACCAAGGAUGACAGCAGUAAUUCUUCUUUGUUUAACCUUAUUCCAGUUGGCCUCAGAGUUGUCGCAAUUCAGUCAGUGAAGACAGGAUUAUACAUCGCCAUGAACGGGGAGGGGCACCUCUACACAUCAGAGCUCUUUACAGCAGAAUGCAAGUUCAAAGAGUCUGUGUUCGAGAAUUACUACGUGAUCUACUCGUCCAUGCUGUACAGACAACAGGAGUCAGGGCGAGCGUGGUUCCUAGGGCUCAACAAAGAUGGACAAGCCAUGAAAGGGAAUCGAGUGAAAAAAACCAAACCAGCUGCUCACUUCCUGCCCAAGCCAUUAGAAGUUGCCAUGUACAGAGAGCCAUCGUUGCACGAUGUCGGAGAGACAUUGCCCAAGGCGGCGGUACCUCCCAGUAAAAGCACAAGUGAGCCAGUGGUGAUGAACGGAGGCAAACCUGUCAGCAAGCCUGACAAGCCGACCACAUAGCCACACCUGAUCUGUGUCCUGUGUGUGUUUGAAUGGGGGGAGUGUGACGGAGGCAGGGCUUUUUUUCUCCAACUAGACUAAAGACUGUCUUUUUUCCCGUGGAUCACAUCCAGACGAGCCUCUCUUUACUAUAUCCUCCCACUCCUCCUCCUCCUUCCCUUCUCCAGCUUUCUCAGUGCAAACGGAUGGAUUCUGGGGUGGCUAAGCCUAUCUAUCCAGCACAGUAGGGGAAGAGGACCUCUGAUCAUGGAAUGCCUUUAGAUUUCUCUAAAAACUGUGAGAGUUCAUGUGAAAAAAACAUGUUUCACAGUGACGCUUGUGGUACUUUGCUUGAUGAAACCUUCUUAUCUACGAUCACCCUGCUGCAGCAGAUUCUGUGUACCUUCAGAUCUAUUUUCUAUACUACAGUUCACCAGCUAUGUUCUGGGAUGGGGACUGUACAAAUAGAGUAAAUAUCUGGACUAUAGUGACCUAUAUUUUUUACAAGUACGUUCCCCUCACCUCCUCUUUCUAUCUUUAGUCACAGCUUUUUCUUUAUUUUAUUUUUUUUGGUCCAAGAAUCCGUAAAAGAUAAAAGUCAUUUUGCCACGAAGUUGUAUGAUUUUCUAAAAAAAAACACACAUCAACACAGAUGGGCCAUAAAAAACAAACAUGUAUCCAUCUGAAGCAGUACAAAUUAACUUUUUGUCUGCAACAUGUAAACCCCUAAAACCAUCUGAGAUGUUGCUUUUUUAUGGCACCAUAAAAACAAACUGGAGGCUGGUAGACAGCUCCUGUAAUCAUAGCUGAUGAAGUGCUAAUUACCGCCACUGCAAUCAAUGCACAGAGCUCCACACACACACACAUACUCAAACACACACAUUUUCUAAACAGAUAUGUGUGUGGGUGGGAGAUUUCUGUGAGGAAUGGUGUAGACAUAUCACUAACUGUGUCCCACCAGCAGUUCAGCCCGCCUUCUCUGGUAAAUAAAGAAGCUGAAGUCUAUUUUUCUUUAAUCUUAUUUCCGAGCGUGGGCUCUAGGAAUCUCUCUAGGCCUUGUAGGCCUCUGUUCCUCACUCACUCACUCACUUCUGUGGACUUUGAGGCAAGGAUUGUGGCUUUGACCUUGAUGGUCUGAAACUGCAGGGAUGGCAGUGACAUCAACCUAAAGCAAAGCAAACUAUGUGGCUGAAAGCCUGUAGGUGUCAUUUAUACCAGCUGCGUCCCUAUUUGGUUUGGCAAACUGAAGCAUGAACAAUGUUGUUCUCCUUUUUCAGCCGUUAUACCGGAGAUGGCUUAUAGCGUAACAUUGUAUAAAACUUAGGGAAAUGACUUCUAAAGAUCCUAACUUUUUAAACAAACAACGAUUAUUAUUAUUACUACUACUACUAUGAGAGGACUUGUCUCCUAGCUCAGCAUGCAGAGAGUCCAGUACUGAUCAUCUUGGCCUAUCUUGUGCCUGUUUGGACCUUGAUUCCCGGCAUGCAAAAACAAGAUCCCAGUCCCCACUGGGCCAAAGGUGCCUCACUCACCCAAUAGAUUCAUGUAGAGGACACGUAGCAUUUUUUGUUACAAAACAAAAACACAGUCAGAUGCUUUCAUUCUGAAACAACCAAAGUCUUUUCCAUCUUUUUUUUUAUCCACCAAAUCUGAAUCUCUCUCAGAUUAAAAUCAUCAAAGCUUUCACUGUGAUCACAUUCAUUCUGUUUGAAAGAAUCCAACUCUCUCCUUGGAUCUGCAAAGGUCUCGACUGAUGUCACAUUUCUGAGAGUACAUUUAGCCCAAAUGAAUCGCAUGCUUGUAUUUUUGUACAGGGAUUAAGGUUUGGGCACUGUUCUUCCCUCUGUGUGGGAAGAGGAUCACGGACUGGAGCUUGAAUGGGCAUGUCGCAGGGUUUAACACCCUCACAACUAGUCUGAGAGUCAUCCACUGCACUUUGUUUCCCAUUCUUCAUCACGACUGUUGUCCGAUUAUCAUGUCUGGUGGAUUUAAUACAUCUUGCUUUAAUUCUUCACAGUUUGUUAGACAAAAACGUAACAUGUUAAUUAGAAUGUUGCUGCAGAUUGCUGCUAAAAGUGCAACUAUGUAAAGAAACUGAUACAGUGAAUAUAAAUUAAUGGUUUUAUUUGGAUUACAUGCGUAUUUUUUUUUAUUUACCAUCAUUUCAACACCAAUAUUUGUCUGUAAUAAAGCUGUUGAUGGGAUGACAGAAACACUCUUAUCAGACAGUCAUCCUCUACAAACUCUACAUGCUGGGCUGGUUGCUGCUCCAGCCCUGCCGGUUCCUCCAAGGCUGGCUUUAUUUUUGUCAGUGUGUAAAUGUAGACAUGUCAUGUUAGACUUUCAUUUCCUUUUCUCCUCAUCUCUCUCGUGUACGGGUGUGUUGUUGCUUCUAAAUCUCUAAUCGCUUGUUUAGCUUUAUUCUCUCGUUUAUUUUUUGAUGAAUAUUUUAGAAAUUAUGUUGCUUCUGUUUCCAUUUCAUCUUAUUUUAUGCAUAUGUAAAAUGUCCCAUAUGUUGCAUGGGGAGAGGAUGGCAUUGACGAACUGCAUGUCGUAGGCUGUGUCUAUCGAGAACUGUUGGUGUGUACCGCUACUUUUACAUAUAUGCAAUGAGUUUGUCUACACUAUACAGUUUGUGUUUGUUGUAUUCACAUAUACAACAUACUAAAUAAAAUAUUUAUAUAAAGGUGUACUGUAAUGUCAGUAACUUAAUACUCAAUGCAAUAUAUGUGUGCAGUAUAUUACUGCGCCUGUCAUGUUUGACGGGAUGAAGACAAACAGAGGGAGGAGCUUGUUAAAGCACUGAAAUGGCCAAAGUAGGAACAACAGUUAACAUUUUCUUCAUGUUACUGGUCUUCUGUUAAAGUGGUGGCUAAGCUCGUUCAUGAGAGGCUCUCAUCUCCUCGGUACCAUCGUUUGAAGCGACACAAACAUCUCUUGGUGCGCCACAAGUGAAAUAUGUAUGCCCUUCUCUUUGUUUCUUCUACUUUUAUCUUCUCACUGCUAGGACUGUGUAGAUUGACAUGUUUGGUUUUGAUUUCUAACUGGAGGAGAAUGAGCACUAUUAAAAGGGUUUAUUUUAAAAAAUAUAUAAAUAUUAUAUACCAUUGCAAGUAUGCUCAUUGGAUUUAUGUCAUGUUAUAACAAAUUUGUAACCAUGUAUGAUUAAGGUCUCUGCAUUGUUUCCCAUGCAAAAUGUUGUGUCAUGCGGCACAUUUAUUGUUUUAUUAUAAAAAAAAAUAAAGAAAAAUGAAUACAAAGAAUUGAAAGUGUGACCUUUUGCCUGAGCUUUAAUGAACCUUUUUCAGAGCAAUUUGGGGUGCAAACUGGAGUCGGUUUACUGCCAGUUUGGUAGCAUUUUUGAUUUUAUGAAGUCAGACGUAAAUGGAGUUUGUUCAAAUGGUUUGGACCAAUAUUAUUUUAAAGCGGGCCCACUCAAUGAAUCUGCUGAUCUCUAGAAUAAAUUAAUGCUUCAUGAGUGGCUCUCUGUUGGAACAAAAGUUCUGAUGCUUGUGAUUAAGGAAGUAGAAGUUAGAGCAUAGGGGAGCAGAAAACGGCAGAAUUUGUAGUCUUAUGCAACAUCUGAUAUGAAAACAUCUUGUCUGUAAUUGGCUAGCAGCAGCACGACUCUUCUACUACCUCCAUCUUGCUGUGCAACAUUGAUGUUUUAUCUCCACAAAUAACACAAGCCUGAAGAAGUUGUGCUGUGGAGUUGGUAACGCCAAUGGUUAGCUUCUACUAGCUGAGAUGUUAUCUGCUGUUUCCUGGAAGCUAAAUGAACAACAGCCUUCUGGUUCAAGCCAAAAUGGAUGAGUCAAUAAAUGCAAAUUUUCAGUGAAGCAUAAAUCAGAGUGACUUUUUCUGACAUGAGACAUGCGACUUGAAUUGACUUGCAUCUGUUGACUUGAUGAUGAUUUGAGCAUCUAUGAUAUGUUAGCACAAAAGUGGCACGACGUGGACAAAAAUCAUAAAUCAUUCUUGGUUCUGGGUUUGAUCUUGUUCUGCUAAAUGCAGCAGCACUUUGUUCAUAAUAAGGUUCAGUUGCACUUUCUGCUUGUUUCAGCAAACAAAUGAAGCUUUAAGAAGCUUUAUGUCUGGACUUUAUUUAUUAUCAUUGUCAUUAAACUGAAGUUGGACAGAUGACUUGAUUGUGACUUGAAAAUUCAAAGUUAAGGACUUGACUUGGACUUAGACUUGACUAGAAAGACUUGUGACUUGUGACUUGCAAAGCAGUGACUUGGUCACACCUCUGACUAUAGGCUUUGUGAAGAACACGUGUUUUACCAGCUCUGUGUGUGUGUGUGUGUGUGUGUGUGUGUGUGUGUGUGUGUGUGUGUGUGUGUGUGUGUGUGUGUGUGUGUGUGUGUGU